CCUCAACAGGAAGUCACUGUUAACAGGUAUGGGAAAUGACCUCUUAACACACUUGAUGCAAAUCGCAGGGUUCAGGGUUUGGUUAAAUAAGGUUGUCCCAGUGUCCACCUUCAGAAGAGAGAAAGCCAGAGAAAGAGAGAGAGCGAGAGAGGAAGAGCAUGGAGACCUUUGUUUUUCUGUUUCCUCAAUUCAACUUCUCUGCACCCAAGGAGGAAGUGUAUUUCAAAAUGCUCGGUGAGACCGAGUUGCGCGCCUCCAGAAUGAAAGACAGCAACUCAAGAAAUAAGAACAAGGAAAAGGAAAAGGACAAAAAGAGUAGACUCAGCCUUCUGCUGGCCAAGUCUGGAUCACAUGAAAACGUCAGUCCUGAGAAAAAGCCACCAGCUAAAACCAACAACAUCCCUCCUGAGGUGGCUUUGAGAUGGAGCGAUUCCUUUGAAGAACUACUGGGUCAUCCAGAUGGGGUAGAGGCCUUCACGCAGUUCUUGCGCACCGAAUUCAGCGAGGAGAACAUUGAAUUCUGGCUGGCGUGCGAGGACUACAAGAGCACAGAGUCAGCCACCAAGCUGCAGUCCAAGGCCAAGCAGAUGUACGCCGUGUUCAUCGACAGAGAAGCCCCCAAAGAGAUUAAUAUCGACCACUCGACCAAGCAGACCAUUCAGAAGGACAUCGCCCAACCAACUCAGUCCUGUUUCGAUGCAGCGCAGAGCAAAAUCUACGCCUUGAUGAAGAAGGACUGCUACCCACGGUUUCUCACCUCCGACAUCUAUCUGACCCUGACAAAGAGGAAGGGCCCUGCAGUCAUGACCAGGAGACGAUCGCGAUCCUUUGUGUUCAGUGAACGGGGCGAGACCACGACACCCUGGUUGUAGCUUCUCAGCAAUGAUUCUGGGGCCUUGUUUAUGAAAAAAAAUUAUAUGGAUUUGAUCAUAAUAUAGUCGUAUGUGUUGAAAUUGUGUUUGUAAAAUGUGAAUUUGGCGCAAAAAUGUACAUAGAUCAAUACAAGUUGCUAACAACGCACAAAUAUUUACUUUAUGAUUGCGCAUUAGACUGUGUAAUUUGUGAAUGUUGUGUGUUUAUAUGCCAUUUUGAUCCUAAAGCUGCACUAUGUAAGAUUUAAAGCCUGAAAUUGCUAUUUAAAAGUCAGAAUUGUCUGGUCAGGAGCUUUUCAGACCACAUCAUACGAAAAAAGGUCUGCCUCAAUGUUUAGGUCUCAAAUGCAAAAUCAAAAUUAUACUAAACUGUUCUUCCAUAUGUAGUGAUGUGGCUUGCAAUUACACAUUUCCACCAGAGGGGUCUCCAAAUCCCCAAAACUUACAUAGUGCAGCUUUGAGAACAAAUUUAGAAUUCAAUUUAAUUUAAAAUCAUAAUUUUUAUAAAUAAGGCCCCUGGUUUGUGUGAUCGUACAUCGGCAGCUGUACGUCGUUCACACUCACUUGACUUGACAAACUUGCUAUGUGUGUACGUUAACAUUUGCGGCAUUAGGAUGCAUAUUCACAUUCGAAUACUAACGUUAUUCCUAAAUUAUUUUGAAAAAACUCUCCCUUUGCUCAAGAUUCCUUGCUAAGCUAUUACUAACUACAUGGUUAGAGUCUUUCCUCUGACUUGUAAAUUGUAUAUAAAACUUGUGGGAUAAAUCAUUGUAUAAUAAAAUGUAU